GCGGCGGAGGGGAGCCAGGUUUGCCAAAACGGAGAGCCGGUAGCCUCUCAAUCUCUCAGUCUCUUGCCCCCCCUUCUUUCCUUUGAUGGCGGCGACGCCUUCUAGAAGAUCUUAUGGUUCGGUCUACUCCAGUUCCACCGCCUUCAGGCGGUCCAUUUCGCCGACCGGGCGGCGCUUCUCGCCUGCGAACUCAUACGCCUCCCCUUUCGCCUCCUCCUCCGCCUCGAGCUUCUCUUCGAGGUCUCCCAGCUUCUUCCACCGAUCUUCCUCCCCGACCCGCGGCAACGUCGUGGGAUCCGUCCCGCCGAAGCCCUCCGUCCGCUUCUCCAUCGACCGCCCCACCUCUCCCGGCCGCUCCCUCGCUGUGGAGCGCCAGCACCAGCAGCAGCACCACCAGGCCGUCAGGCAGCCGAUCCCCUCCGCCCCCGGUGGCGGGAAGAGGAAGACGUGCAUGUGCUCGCCCACCACUCACCCCGGCUCCUUCCGCUGCAACCUCCACAAGGGCUUCGCUGCCCACGGAGGCGGUCACAACCACGCGGUGUCGUCGCCUUCUUACCGGCUAAACGCGCGGCGAUCGGCGAUGACGAACUCGCUGGUGCGGAUCGGGACGGUGGAGGGGGAAUGGCUGAGGAGGGCGCUCGCGGCCCUCAUCCGGCCGUCCUCUCAUCAGCAGCGGCGUAGGGCCGCCUUCCAGCCCCGUCCCAGCCGUCUCUCCAUCAUGUCCAAGGCCGACGGUUUAUGAUCCCCGAUCAACGGUAGAUCUCGAAGCAGGUUCGUAGAAAGGAACAAAAUUUAAAUCUAACCACUCCGUUCUCUAUACCCUUUCCCAGAGAUCCACCGCACCACCGGCGACUCGCGACUCCGAUUAGAGAGGCCGCUGAUCUCGGCGAACGAGGGGGAGAAUCUUCCCAAAAUUUUCCUUUUCUUUUUUGUAUCAACUGAUCGGAUCGGAGACGGAAACUCGAAAAGUUGAUCAGAUCUGAUCCGUCCAUUUGUACAUUGCUUCUUUGGACAACCGUUGAUCGCCAUUGAUGCAGAAGAACUGAAGAACUCCAAAACCUAAUAGGAUUUGAUACUAA